CUCUUGACUGGGCUGCGGGGGAACACCUUCCAGAGGGCUUUUUCAGAGGAGCAUAACUGCCCUCUCCUGACACCCCUGGAAGUUAAGCCCCGAGGGAACACACGAGGCCGGCUGCCGUGACACCUUUGCAGUUCCAUCUCAUACUCUGUAGAGUGAGCACCGUGUGUUUUUUCCGUCUUGUAGAUGCGAUACCAGUAGAUUGCCCAGUCACUCGAUGGGGCACGCCGGCGGCCUACCUCCGUGUGUCACCUGCCCACCUCUCAGCAGCAAGGAACAGAGCUUCAGCACCUCUUCAGUAAUGAUGAUGAAACUGGUAUUAACUGAAUGGCAUUUAUGGAUUUUUAACUCUAAUUCACAGUAAGCCAGAAAGCCAUAUGUUCAAUCCAACCAAAAAUCGUUCAGUUUUGCUGCAUGUCUCACCCGAUUGUGAGAAGUUUCAAGAUACCUGUUUGUACAAAGAGGAAUAUAAGUGUUACUUGCCGGAGGAGCACAGCUGAAGCAGAAAGCGAAGACGUCUUAAUUUAUCCUUAAAGAUAUAUGAUAGAAUUAUUUAUUUAGAUAGAGUAAAGAGAUAUAUAUAUAUAUUUUUGGUGGUGAUGAAAAUGGCUCCGCAGAAUGCCGACGCAGAAUCUAUGCAAGUUCAGGAGCUCCCAGUGCCCCUGCUGGACCUGCAGAAGCCAGGGAGGACGGAGGCGGAGACACGGGACGAGACCGUCAGCGAGGGCUCCAUCGACCGCAUCCCCACGCGCCUGUGGGUGAUGCACGGGGCCGUGAUGUUCGGCAGGGAGUUCUGUUACGCCAUGGAGACGGCGCUGGUCACACCAGUCCUGUUACAGAUCGGCCUCCCGGAGCAGUACUACAGCCUCACCUGGUUCCUGAGCCCCAUCCUCGGCCUCAUCUUCACUCCCCUCAUCGGCUCCGCGAGUGACCGCUGCACCCUGAGCUGGGGCCGCCGGCGGCCUUUCAUCCUGGCACUCUGCGUGGGCGUGCUCUUCGGAGUGGCGCUGUUCCUCAACGGCUCUGCCAUCGGCCUGGCCCUCGGCGAUGUCCCGACCCGGCAGCCCAUCGGCAUCGUGCUCACCGUGCUGGGGGUGGUGGUCCUGGAUUUCAGCGCUGAUGCCACAGAGGGGCCCAUCCGUGCAUACCUGCUGGACGUGGUGGACAGUGAGGAGCAGGACAUGGCCCUCAACAUCCACGCCUUCUCUGCUGGCCUUGGCGGGGCCGUCGGCUACGUGCUGGGCGGGCUGGACUGGACCCAGACCUUCCUGGGCUCCUGGUUCCGGACACAGAACCAGGUGCUAUUCUUCUUCGCGGCCAUCAUCUUCACGGUGUCCGUGGCCCUGCAUCUGUCCAGCAUCGAGGAGGAGCAGUACAGCCCCCAGCAGGAGCGCAGCGGGGACUCGACCGGCACGCCGGCCCCCGGCCCCCGCGCCUGUGUGCUGGACGGCGGCGCCCUGUUCCCGGACGAGGUGCAGUCGGAGCACGAGCUGGCCCUGGACUUCCUGGACGAGGGCCUGGUGCGCAGCAAGAGCGACUCGGUGCUGCACAUGCGUGAGGCCGCACUGGGCCUGGAGCCCAAGCUCUUCCUGCAGGACAUCGAGCCCUCCAUCUUCCAUGACGCCUCCCGCCCCGGCACCCCCUGCAGCACCAGCCAGGAGUGCGCCCCCGCCCAGCCGCCCCGCCAGCCCCCGCCACUCCACACACCCGCUGGCGAGGAUGAGACCCUGCUGGAGGACCCCCUGAGCGCGUCCAGGCUCCCGAACGGGGGCGGCGCGGGGCUGUGGGACGGCCCAGGGAGCUACAGCCGGGCGGCCCUGAAGGCCCCCGCCACGGUGGGCCCUGCCCGCCGGCGCCGGCACGUGUUCCGCCGGCAGGCCUCCAGCACCUUCUCCUACUACGGCAAGAUCGGCUCCCACCACUACCGCCACCGGCGCGCCAACGCCGUGGUGCUCAUCAAGCCUUCACGCAGCAUGAGCGACCUGUAUGACCUGCAGGCGCGGCCGCGGCAGCACCGCCGCCGCCACCAGAGCGGGGCCACCACGUCCAGCGGGGACUCGGAGAGCGAGGAGGGCGAGGGCGAGACCACCGUGCGGCUGCUCUGGCUGUCCAUGCUGAAGAUGCCCCCCGAGCUGGUGCGCCUCUGCCUCUGCCACCUGCUCACCUGGUUCUCCGUCAUCGCCGAGGCCGUGUUCUACACCGACUUCAUGGGCCAGGUCAUCUUCGAGGGGGACCCCAAGGCUUUGUCCAACUCGACGGAGUGGCAGGCCUACAGCGCGGGCGUGAAAAUGGGCUGCUGGGGCCUGGUCAUCUACGCGGCCACUGGUGCCACCUGCUCAGCCCUGCUACAGAAGUGCCUGGACAACUACGACCUGAGCAUCAGGGCCAUCUACGUGCUGGGCACGCUGGGCUUCUCCGUCGGCACAGCCGUGAUGGCCGUGUUCGCCAACGUCUACGUGGCCAUGAGCAUGAUCAGCACGAUGGGCGUCGUCUCCAUGAGCGUCUCCUACUGCCCCUACGCCCUGCUCGGGCAGUACCACGACCUGCGAGAGUACGUGCAUCACAGCCCCGGGGCAUCCAGGCGUGGCUUCGGCAUCGACUGCGCCAUCCUCUCCUGCCAGGUCUACAUCUCCCAGAUUCUGGUGGCCUCCGCCCUGGGCAGCGUGGUCGACGCGGUGGGGACCGUGCGUGUCAUCCCCAUGGUGGCCUCCGUGGGCUCUUUCCUGGGCUUCCUGACAGCCGCCUUCCUGGUCAUCUAUCCAGAGGUGUCUGAAGAGGCCAAGGAAGAGCAGAAGGGCCUGUCUUCCCAGCCGCUGGGUGAAGGCGCGAGCGGCAGUGCUGAGAAGCCCAUGGUGCUGAAGCUGUCCCGGAAGGAGGGCCCGCAGGGGCUCGUCGAGACCGAGUCGAUGGUAUUUGGACGUUCUGUCAGAUCGCGUCACAUUUGUUGGUGCUGCAGCUAUUGGAGAGUACUUUUCUCUAUGAUUAUUUUAGAAAAAAAAAUUUUUGUCUUUAUUUUCCAAAACUGUGGUUUUCUUGAAGAACACAUCUCCUGCUUUCCUGUUUGACACGUUGUACCCGGGCGGCAGGCAGCAGUAGCGGGGACACCAAAGCUAGGAGGAGGCUGGGCCCCCGGGACGCUGGUGGGGAGACCCGCCUGGUCCGGCUGGACCGCCCGCCGGGGGCAGCCCUGGAGCUGGCAGCACCGUCCCCGUGCCCGCCCGCAUCUGUGCCCACCCCACCCAUCGUCUUGUCCGAAGCUCCGGGAGAUGCUGUGACUCUUGCAUUGCACUUUGUCUUUGAACCAUCUGUCGGGGGACCACGGGGCAGAGCUCCAGGCGUGGAACUGCCACCCAAGCCCACCGCCAGGCCCACACGCUAGACACUCCACGCCCAUCUGACCUCUGCACCUGCUCACCCCCGCCAGCUGCCGGAGUCAGGGCCGCCCCGCCGUGAAGAAAGCGGGUCUCGGACAGGGGCACGGUCAGCCCCACAGGUCAGCUCAGCGCGGCGUUUCUAGUUUCAGCGCAGAACCAAACUUGCACCCCAGGGAAGCACAGUCGUCACAUGCUGCAGCUGUUUGGAAAUGCUUUUCAAACCACAAUCUCUUUCUAAGUAAGCAGUUUCUGCUUUUCUUCUUUGGGACGGUCAGUCUAAGUCCGCUGAUCUCAGGAGAAAGAGGGAGGCCUCCCACACAUCGCCCGGAUAAAGUGAGAGGACUGUAACUCUUCGCUGCCUCAAGUCGAUGUGUUUUUAAAUAAAGUACUUUAAAACGCA